CUCUCCCAGACUCUAGUCUCCGCUUUCUCAUCGAAGAUGUCUCUCAAACUCCUCCUCUUCAUAGGCCUUGUGGCCUUAGCAGCCACUGAAGCUCACCACCUCUUAAAAAAACUACACGACAAAGACCUAACAUCUCCAUUCUUCACGAAAACCCCCGAUCGAGCUGUCAACCAUCUUCGAAAGCGCAGAGAUGCCGAAGAAACCGCAGACGAGUCCGAAGAAAUCACCGAUGAGGAAGCGGCGCAAUUAGUCAGGUUCUUCGUGGGAGCAGCUUGGGCGGGAAACAAGGUUGAGAUUCUCGGAGGGUUCUUGGAGGAGAUGAGUGACAGCGCUACUAACCUCACUAUCGUUGGAUGGCAGAGGGUGCUCGACGAGGCUGGAAAGGUCCAAGAGCUUCGAACCAUCCAGCUGGUUAUUCCUCCGAAACCCGAAGACGAAGAUGCUCCUACGAACAUAGUGGACGACGACGACGAUGACGAAGAGGAUGACGAUAGGCUUUUGCCCCACAAAGAACUCAAAGAGAUCAAGGAGAUCUUUGGGCCGAUGUCGCUGAUAGGGAUUCCUUUGAGUAUAACCAUGGAGGAAUUCGAUGACGAAGGCAACGAGAAGCUUUUGAUCUACUUGGACAAAGAUGAAUUGUAUGGACGGGCUGAAAACUUUGCUCUUUACAACAAGACGACAGUUGCUUCUGCCCAAGAAGUGUCUGAUUUCAUCACAAGUCUAAAACCUGCAAAUUUAGGGAAACCUUCUGUUCUGAAAUACGACGUCGAUGGUAACUUUAUCGCUGACCAAAGCCACAUCAGGCCUCACAUUUUGGGAAUGGUAAUGGACCACUAUGAAGCCCCCGACAAAAUUCUAAACGAAGGUCCUGAAAUCAUUGCCCAAAUCUCUCAACAGUAUCACCAAUCAGAGAUCCCCAAACAACUGAGCAUUCACUACAACAAAGCCUACCCCGAAUACAAAUGGCGCGUUUUGGUAGACCCCGAAAACUACUACGUCACAAGGGACGUGGAAAUCACCCUCACUUACGACAAUUUCGACCUAGACGAAAGCAGCGACAUCAGUUACCUUGUGUACGGUGUUAAAAAAUAAUUUCCAAAUAUCCACCCCAAUAAAAACUAAACCAGA